AAACAGGAGUCUUGAAGCUCCAUCAGUUGGGGAAGGAUGGCAAACAGUGCCUCUCCUGAGCAGAAUCAAAAUCACUGCUCAGCCAUCAACAGCAGCAUCCUGCUGACGCAGGGCAACCUUCCCACCCUGACCUUAUCUGGAAAGAUCCGCGUGACAGUCACUUUCUUCCUUUUCCUACUCUCCACAGCUUUCAAUGCUUCUUUCUUGUUGAAACUUCAGAAAUGGACUCAAAGGAAAGAGAAAGGGAAAAAACUCUCAAGAAUGAAGGUGCUUUUAAAACACUUGACUCUAGCCAACCUGUUGGAGACUCUGAUUGUCAUGCCGCUGGAUGGCAUGUGGAACAUCACCGUGCAAUGGUAUGCCGGAGAGUUCCUCUGCAAAGUCCUCAGCUACCUGAAGCUUUUCUCCAUGUAUGCCCCCGCCUUCAUGAUGGUGGUGAUUAGCCUGGACCGCUCGCUGGCCAUCACAAGGCCCCUCGCUGUGAAAAGCAACAGCAGGCUCGGACGGUUCAUGAUUGGCUUGGCCUGGCUCCUCAGUAGCAUCUUUGCUGGACCACAGCUGCCUCUUCAUUAUCCCUCUCCUCAUCAUGUUGAUCUGCAACGCAAAAAUCAUGUUCACUCUGACAAGAGUCCUUCAGCAGGAUCCCCACAACCUGCAACUGAAUCAAUCCAAGAACAACAUACCACGAGCUCGGUUGAGGACUCUGAAGAUGACAGUUGCAUUUGCUGCUUCAUUUAUUGUCUGCUGGACUCCCUACUAUGUCCUAGGAAUUUGGUACUGGUUUGAUCCCGAAAUGGUAAACAGGGUGUCAGAUCCAGUCAAUCACUUCUUCUUUCUCUUUGCUUUUUUAAAUCCAUGCUUUGAUCCACUUAUAUACGGAUAUUUCUCUCUGUAAUUUUGUUAGACUAUAUACAGAAUUAUAUAAAGAAGGGCAAAAUGAUGAAUUUCCCCUUUGGGGAAUGACAAGCACAAAGCAUAUUGUAGCACAUUUACAUAAAAACAAAGCAGAAUUUUAGGGUAUAAUAUUAUUAUUUUUCUCUUAGAAAUCAUAUUGUCAGAGACCCAAUUAGAAGGAAAAAAAAUUGUAGGAAAAAUAAUGAAAUAUUUCCACUUAAUCAUGAGCUUCUGAAUGAAUCUCUGUGCUUUCUGAGCUCCUAUAGUACAUUAUAUGAGUUUUUAAAAUCCUUUUCUUCUUGUAUAAUAAUGUAUGAAUACUUAAAAUAGCCAUUUCCUAAGGCAAAUAAAUGCCAAAAAAUUAGGCUAGGAACACAGUCCUAACUCCAUCAUGCCUUGGAGAGUUUUUCUCUGAAGGGACUUAGCAGCAAUUAUGUCAUGCUAAAAUAAUACAUGGAGCACAGAGAGAGCAUCUCCCUGCCCAUAUGAUCAGUUUUCACUCCUAUGGUUAAAAAUAAUAAUAAUAAUAAUAAUGCAAUCAAUCUAAUUUUUUCUUUGGCUUCAAAAGGCUUCUGAUGUUUGGAGUAGUCAGCUUCCAACUCACUGUCCACUUCUCCAACCUGACGAGACUUGUAAACAGUUCUCCUUCACCCCAUUCGUCACAGGGUAAGGUUGUGAAGGGUCUUCAUAUAGAAGGGAAUCUUAGAGACAUUUGGAUUUAGACAAGGAGUUAGACUAGUCCUCUCGAAUAUACAGUCUAUGGAUUUGGUGGUACUUAAGUGUUGUAAUAAUAACAUUGUUUGAAAUUACAAUCAAGAAAGGACCUAUAUCAGAGUUCCCGUCGUGGCUCAGUGGUUAGCAACUAAGAGCCAUGAGGUUGCGGUUCAAUCCCUGGCCUUGCUCAGUGGGUUAAGGAUCCAGCAUUGCCGUGAGCUGUGGUGUAGGUCACAGACGCAGCUCAGACCCCGUGUUGCUGUGGCUCUGGUGUAGGUCGGGCUGCUACAGCUCCGAUCCGACCCCUAGCCUGGGAACCUCCAUAUGCCGCAGGAGCAGCCCAAGAAAUGGCAAAAAAAAGAAAGGACCUAUAUUGAUUGUUGAAUGCAUAACAUACCCUCUCUUUUAAUAUGAGGUUUUUUUCCCCUACCUUCUGAUCUUUCUAAACCCAUAAUCCACAAAUCACUAAAGGAAAAUAAGAAAUCAAGCAAAAAGUUACUUGAUAUGUAAGUGAGUCCUGAAAAACCAGUUUCAAUACAUACAGGUCAAAGAAGACAGAAUAGUGUUAGAAAAGGAGAAAGAAAAACUUUCUGUAAAUGUGUAACUCCUGCUGAUACGCAUAUUAAAUGAUACGGCUUCCAAAAUAUGUGAGCAUGAUACCUCUUUUAGUUCAGGCCUCUGUUUCAACUCAUUCCAUGAGAAAGGGGGUGGGAUGAAAGGGUUCUCUAAAAUCCAUUAAAUAUAUGAGAAAAUCAUAUAAGGGAACUAAAAAGAAAUUCAACCACAGCUUACGUUCUUUUUUAAAAAUAAAAUAGGUAAAAUAUUAUUAUAUUCAUGUGAGAUAUGUAGUGUCACACAAAAGAUAAAAUGUAAUUUCCACAUAUUCCAGAGUAUGUGGACUUGUGGAAAGUAAAUGCUAAUUAGACUAAUUAGGUCUUUAUUUUUCUCUCCUCAUACUUUCAGUUUUUUAGUAUUGCAGUAUGCUGAUUUUUUUUCUACAUCCUAGAUUAUUUUCCAAUUCUCUCUCCAUUGUUCCUAUUUCUGUCACCAUUGAACUCUUUCCUUCUACUUGUUCAUUCCCAUCUUCUUUUCACUAAGCUCAACCUUUAAUUAACCAAUCUAUGCCUCAACCCUAUAGUUGAGUUGGGCAAGAAUCAAAAUUUGUAAUGUGCUAAAAUCCUCAAAGUUAACUUUAAAGAAAUGUAUACCGAUAUCAAGAUUUUAUAGUUCUGGAGUUAGCAGUUUUAUAGUUGUGGAGUUAGCAGUUUUAUAGUUGUGGCUUAGCAGUAACGAAUCCAACUAGCAUCCAUGAGGACGUGGGUUCAAUCCCUGGCCUCACUCAGUGGGUCAGGGCCGGUGUUGUCACGAGCUGUGGUGUAGGUCGCAGACGUGGCUUGGAUCUGGCAUUGCUGUGGCUGUGGUGUAGGCCAGCCAGCAGCUACAGCUCCAAUUUGACCCCUAGCUGGGAACUUCCAUAUGCCCCAGGUGUGGCCCUAAAAAAACAAACAAACAAACAAAAAAGAUUUUAUAGUUCUGCUAGAUGACACAGGAAUAUAGAUAAAUCAUGAUGAAAUCAUUCUUCUGAACAUCCCUUUACCAUAGACCGGCAGCUGUAGCUCUGAUUUGACCCCCUAGCCUGGGAACCUCCAUAUGCCACGGGUGUGGCCCUAAAAAGACAAAAAAAUUUUUUUAAAUAACAAAGGCAAAAAUAUGUAAGAUACAAUCUAAGGGCUUUAUUAGAUAUGUGUUUAUUGAACAUACUUUGGCUUGGCUUUUUUAUAUGUUCAAGAAACUAUUCUCUUUAGAUAUGUUCUCAGGCAUUUUUUAAAUAUGUUAACUAAAGGGCUAUUCAAAAUCUAGGGUGUUUUAACUUGUGGUCCAUGCAUAAAACUAUUUCAGUGCAACUGCUUUUCUUUUAUUCCUAUGCGUAUUAUUUAUGCAUUUAAAAAUAUUGUCCUGCGAUGGGUUAAUAGCCAAACUAGACUGCCAAAGGAGCCCAAGCACAAAAAAGUUAAGAAUUCUGAAACUGAUUUUGUGUAGUUAUUAGAAGUUUGUUAUAAUAAAAAUGUAUCAGAAUGUAUUCAUUCUUUUUAUAUAUAUAGAAUAAUGUCAAUAUUGAAACUGGAUUGUUUCACCUUAAUUACCUUAAAAACUCUCUUAAAGCUCAACAUGUAAUAAAAAAACUUUGCAGAAAUAAAUAUAUUAUAAAGACAUUGUAGUCCAUAAAUUAUAAUGUAGAUAAAGAUUUAAACUAAAAUUAAUAAUGCAAAAGGUAAAUGUGGCCUUUAAGUUAAAGGUACACCACUCAACAAAGAGCAGUCACUAUUUGGUAUUACAGUUAUUUACUCUAUCAUAAUAAAAGAUGAGGAUUUCUUGUAGAAAGGGAUAUGUUCUGCAGAGUUAAUCCAGUAUGUCAGAUAAUUAAGAUUUUGUCUUGGCUGUCUCCUCUAUUUAGCAUAUAAAACUGGUUAAAAAAUGGAUUUCCUUUUGCAAUUCAAUUUAGUAAUAAAAUGACGUGAACAAAUGACAAUGAAUUAAACAAAUAUUGCAUGAAUUCAAUUUCAGCCUAUGAAAGAGGUAUCACAUCACAUCUGGGAACAUAAAUCAGUGGAAAUGAGUUAGACUUUUUUUUUUUAGGGUCUGAAAAGAAAUAAAAAAUGGUAUGUUUAUUUUCUCAGACUUUUGUCUGUAUAUCUGGUUCUUUAAAUGCAUCAUCUAAAACAAUGGUUAGUUUAGCCCUUAUUGAGUUCUCUGCAUAUCGAGAACAGAGAACAUAUCCCAAUGUUUUAUGGGAACAUUGUUCCUAUGUUAGAGGGUCUUUCAGUUUAAAGCAAGUGCAUUUAAGAUUGAGAGAUCAGUCACUGUCUUUAAAUUGUCAAGAGGUGAUGAUGGGUUUGAAUUUAAAUCAAAUUUUGAGAUUUCCUGUUGUGGCUCAGUGGGUUAAGAACCUGACUGGUAUCCUUGAGUAUGUAGGUUCCAUCCCCGGCCUUGCCACAAGCUACAAUGUAGGUUGCAGGUGUGGUUCGGCUCCAGCAUUGCUGUGGCUGUGGCGUAGGCUGGCCGCUGCAGCUCCAAUUUGACCCCUAACCUAGGAACUUCCAUAUGUUGCAGGUGCAGCUGUAAGAGUCAGCCAUUUUUUUUAAAGUGCCCUGUCUCAGAAAUGAUUCCGUAGUCACAAAGAUAAUAUUCAUGGACAGUUAAAGUAUAUUUAAAAUCUCAUCUAUCUUACCUUUAGCUUGGUUUCAAUCAGUGAACCAAUUCCUUGAGCUUAUCUAAUUACUAUAAAUUGUGUCCAUAGGAAACUAAAUAAGAUUCAGUUUAAUAUCUAAUAAAGAUUGAUUUAAAUCUUCAAUUUAAUUCUUACAGUUAAGUUUAAAAAUUAGGUGUAAAACAAUUAGUCUAAUUUUUAAAUUAUAUACUAUAUAAAGUGCAUGCAUAGGAACAAUAGAAUAUAUGCAAAAAAAUGUGCAUACUAUUAUCUCUUGAGUAAUUUUAAAAAAUUUUUCUUUCUUGUGAAUACAUGUAUUCCAAAUUUCUAAGGUGACCCUAUAUUGCUUUUAUAGUGAGAGAAAAGUACAAUAAAUAUACGUGUAUCUGUUUGUAUGACUUUUAUUUUAUGCAUCACUGCUGCUGUUAGGAUGCUUUCUGCUGUAAGUAAUAGAAAUGUCAGACUAAAAGUGGCAUGUUUUCAUGUUACAGGGAGGCUGGAAGUAGGCAUGCAGAGUUGGUUAAGGCAGAACUUUGAGGCAUUUUCUCUGGUUCCACAAGGAUUUACCUCAGAGAUUAGAGGUUAGUUGUCACCAACCAGAAGUCUCAAAGGCAGAAAGAAAGGGUUGCUUCUAACCCCAUGCAUCUCUCUCUCCCAGAACCCUCAGCACUUCCUCUUAAAUUGGCUAGAAUUGGAGCACAUGACCACCCUAAGCUAAUCACUGGCAAAGGAGAAAGGGAUAACCCUAAAUAUCUUAAGGGUAUUUUUAUCCUCCUCUAGAGAGCAGUGCUCAAUUUCCCUGAACAUUUAUUUAGCCCUCCGAUAACUAAAAAAAAAAUUUCUUGUUUUCCUUUUUGUGGCUGCACCCGCAGCAUAUGAAAGUUCCAAGGCCAGGGAUUGAACCCGUGCCACAACAGUGACCUGAGCCACAAGAGAACUCACUUCCUUUUUUCUCUUUUGAGAUAUCAUAAGCGGAAUGUUUUGGGGGUCAGAAGCCAGCAAUACCUGCCACCAUCACCAAUUACCUUUUCAAAAUAAAACUGAGGCGUUCCCGUCAUGGCGCAGUGGUUAACGAACGAAUCUGACUAGAAACCAUGAGAUUGCAGGUUCGAUCCCUGGCCUUGCUCAGUGGGUUAAGGAUCCAGCAUUGCCUUGAGCUGUGGUGUAGGUCACAGACGCAGCUCAGAUCCCGUGUUGCUGUGGCUCUGGCGUAGGCCAGGGGCUACAGCUCUGAUUAGACCCCUAGCCUGGGAACCUCCAUGUCGCAGGAGAGGUCCUACAAAAGGCAAAAAGACCAAAAAAAAAAAAAAAAAAGAAUCCGACUGCCAUGGCUCGGUCACUUUGGAUGUGUGUUCAAUCCUGGCCUGGUGCCGUGGGUUAAAGGAUCUGACAUUGCUACAGCUGUGGCACAGGUUGCAGCUGGGGUUUGGAUUCAAUGCCUGUCUGGGAAAAGUCUAUAUGCCACGGAUGCAGCCAUAAAAUUAAAAAAAAAAAAAAAGUUAGACGGAGAGAAAUAGAGAAAUUGGCAUUAUUUGUGGGGUGAACC